CGUACUUUAAGUAAUAAAGAUGCAGGCCAGCCCCUACGAGAUCGGGUAAGUUGUAAGCUGAUCGAUGAUACUACCUACAUACGUGCAUGUCCAUUCCCCAUUACGUUGACACUGUAAUACUAUCUCCAUGAGUACCUGGUUGUGCGUCGAGGUCAUGAGCCUCUGGGGCAGCUUCCGCUCAAUCAACUCCUCGGCCAUCGAGUGUGGCUCCACAGACGGACUCGACUGCGUCUGCUUGCCCUGCCAUCAAGCGUCUGGCAUCCCUAUCGGCUUUCAACACCACCACCAUAUCUCCUCCAUGUGCAGCGCUCCAGCUAAAAAUGACCCCGACACCUUCACCCAAUUCCGCGCUGGAAUGGAUCGGGUACAUCGUCUUAAUCGUGGGCGUGCUGUUCCUCGUCGGUAGUGUCGUAUACGUCUGUCGGUAUAAGAAGCCAAACGCGAACAACCUCCAACACUCGCACUUUAUGUGGGCUGAAACGAUCAAAUCUGCCGUGAGCCCAGUGUACAAGUCCAGUUCGGUGACCCCCGUGGAAGACAUACUCACAGAUGAAGGCAGCCACGCCCAAGCGUCCGUUAUGGAUGCUUUUUCGCUGUGGAAACUCGAGCCUCAUCUAUUAACGUUAACUACCCUCUUAUCCGAAUCCGAUGACAAGCAAGUUUGGCGCGGAGUAUACGAUGAUGAAGUUGUAGCUGUGAAAAAGCUGCAGCGGCACGCGACCACGGGCCCAACUUGGGCUAAGUUUGUCAACGAGAUCCACCUUAUGAUGCGACUGGACUCGCCAAAUAUCAUUGCCAUGUACGGGCUCGUGUGGUCCGUCCCCGACGACGGCAACCUGCACCUCGUGUUUGAGUUUAUGGACCGCGGCAAUUUAAGCGACUAUUUAACGCAUACCCGAACCAGCCGCAAUGUCGAUUUGUGGACAGAGAAGCUCCGGUACGCCAUCCAGCUGAUCGAGGCGCUUGUAUGCCUUCAUGAAGCCAGUAUCAUCCACCGCGAUGUCAAGUCCAAGCAUGUGCUGCUCCACAGCUCGGGGGAUGCGAAACUGACGGAUUUCGGCUGGUCGAGGGAAAUGGAUGUCCAAGUGCUGCUAACACAAGGCGCGGGGUCGUUUCGAUGGUCAGCUCCCGAGAUUUUAGAGGGAAACCAGUACACGGUGGCGGCCGAUAUUUACUCGUUCGGGAUGGUCUGCUACGAACUGGACGCCCACCAUAUCCCAUACGCCACCACAUAUCGCCCCAAGACUGUAAAACCACUCAACGAGUUUGAAAUCAUUCAAGGCGUGCGCACCCACCAGCUCCACGUCGAGUUUGAGGUGGGGUGUCCCGUAGCAGAUUUGGCCAAUCGGUGCCUGCAACACAACCCCACUGAUCGGCCUAGUGCCGCCCAAGUUAUGCAGUGGCUACUAGAUUUACAGUAAAGUGAAUGAAAACAAGUCAUAUAUGUACGAG